AUGUCCACACCCUUCAGCUUUGGCACUCCUGGUGCUACACCGGGCACUUCGGCCCCGGCAUCAGGUGGUUUGUUUGGGGCAGCAGCAGGAGGAAGCAGCACCCCGGCAUUCAGUUUUGGCAACAAAUCAUCAACACCAGCCACGGGAACCGGCGCUGCUCAACCAAGUACCGGCGGCGGGCUGUUUGGCAACUCGAGCUCUACCACGACAGCACAGACACCGUCGCUUUUUGGCGCCAAGCCCGCAAGCACAGCAGCAGCACCAGCAGCCACGUCCAGUGCACCGUUGUUCGGAGCCAGCAAUACUGGUAGCAGCGGCGGUCUCUUUGGAAACGCAUCCAAGCCAGCUCAGACAGGAGGACUUUUUGGUUCGGCAGCAACUCCACCUGCUACAACCAAUGCCACAUCUACCCCGUUGUUUGGCGGCACCGCGGGUGCUGCCUCAACUACUCCCUCAGCGGGAGGCCUUUUCGCUGGAACAAACUCUGGUGCUACUCUGGGUUCGACAACACCUUCAAAGCCGCUGUUCCCCAUGCCCUCAACGACACCUGCCGGCCCCCCUCCCAGCGCAGCUGCGAAACCAGGCCUGUUUGGAGCUGCGCCGGCAACAUCCAGCGCCACCCAAGCUCCAUCUUUAACAUUCGGAGCUCCCAAGGUCAGCGCCACACCGGCCGCUUCCAGCGCACCCUCGCAACCCGCAGCUUCGGGGGCACCUCUGUUUGGUGGUGCGAGUCAGCCAAGUAGCACGGGGCCUUCGUUGUUUGGUGGUGCUUCGGCAGCACCUGCUGCAUCCGGCGGCUUGUUUGGAAACAAGCCAGCAUCAACAGAAGCCCCGGCCUCGGGCGGCCUCUUCGGCGCGAAGAGUGCCACACCUUCCACCCAGCCCGCGUCGACUGGCAGCCUAUUUGGCGCCACCUCUGCAGCAUCUACCGCCCCGGCCAGCACAGCCGCAACCACGGCAACUCCUGCGGCCGCUCCUUCUGGUCUGUUCGGCGCCGCCGCUAAACCUGCCACUACGUCUGCUGCAUCGACGGCGCCGGCUGCCACCACGACAGCCGCGUCGACAUCAUCACUGUUCGGUUCAGCUGCGGCACCGGCUGCCACAACCGCAGCUCCUUCGAAGCCAUCGUUAUUUGGUUCGACAGCGGCGGCGCCAGCCACGACAACAGCAGCCGGGGCUACUCCAUCAUUGUUCGGUUCAGCGGCAGCACCGGCAGCGUCUACAGCCACGUCUACUACCGCAGCCACGACGACUGCGGGCUCGACUGGUCUUGGCGGGCUCAAGCCUGCGACUGGAGCUGAUGCGGCUAAGAGUACCACAGGCGCUGCCGGCCAACCCGCUGCAUCUGCUCUGAACACUUCAACCAUGGGACCCACCUCAUCACUCCCGAGACUGAAGAACAAGACCAUGGAUGAGAUUAUGACACGAUGGGCAACGGACCUCAACAAAUAUCAAAAGGAGUUCAAGGACCAGGCGUCCAAGGUGGCAGCUUGGGAUCGUCUCCUUGUUGAGAACGGAGAAAAGAUUCAAAAGCUGUACUUGGAGACAUACGAGGCGGAGCGGGCCAGUAACGAAAUCGAACGACAAUUGCAGUCUGUCGAGAGCCAGCAAGAUGAACUUGCAUCUUGGCUUGACCGUUACGAGCAGGAAGUCAAUGAUAUGUUUUCCCGACAAGUUGGCAAGGAUGAGCAACUUGCAGGGCCCGAUCAGGAGCGUGAGCGCACAUAUAAGCUCGCUGAGCGCCUUACGGACCGCCUGGACGAGAUGGGCAAGGAUCUGGGCAAGAUGAUCAAGGAGAUCAACGAAAUCUCUGGCACAAUCAGCAAGGGCAGCAAGCCUGAUGACCCCCUGGCCCAGAUUGUUCGCGUGCUCAACGGACACCUCAGCCAACUACAAUGGAUCGACACGAACGCAUCGGCUCUUCAGGCCAAGGUUGCAGCGGCCCAAAAGGCUGGAAACAGCACUGGUGGUCAUGGUGGUGACGAUGGUGAUGUGACUGACAGCUUCUAUCGCUCAUACAUGGGCCGUCGUUAG